CGGUUCCAUUAGCGAGCACAUUUAAGCCGUGGGCGCGACUCUCGCGCACCAGUUCGUGUCCUAUUACCAGAGAACACACCUCACUCCAACCACCAUGAAAGUCAAACCGGAAACCUCCGUGGGCAUGAUCGACCCAUCCCUGCUGCUGCGGCCGGAGAAGGUAUACGACGACAAGCCAGUGACGGCAUUCCGGGACUACUCUGUCGAUGACGAGGACCCCAUCAAGCAGCGCGUGCGCAGGACCUACUACACCAUGCACACACACACCACCGUCGACUUCGUCAAAGGCAAAAUGGAGAAGUGGCUCAAAUUCAACCACUUCAAGUCAACGAUAAAGGACGCACUGAUCCGACUGAACGAGCUCGUGGACGAGUCGGACCCCGACACCGACUUGCCCAACAUCGUGCAUGCGUUCCAGACCGCGGAGCGCAUCCGCCAGGACUACCCUGAGGAAGACUGGUUCCAACUCACGGGGCUCAUCCACGACCUCGGUAAGGUGAUGGCCUUCUACGGCGAGCCGCAGUGGUGCGUCGUGGGGGACACCUUCCCCGUGGGCUGCAAGUGGGGGCCCAGCAUCGUCUACGGCGACGACAGCUUCAAAGACAACCCCGACACCUACAACCCCAAGUACAACACGGAGUACGGCAUGUACGAGCCACAGUGCGGCAUCGAGCAGCUGAUGAUGUCCUGGGGGCACGACGAGUACCUCUACCGCGUCCUCGUGCACAACAAAUCCUCGCUGCCCAAAGAGGCUCUCUACAUGAUCAGGUACCACUCGUUCUACCCGUGGCACGCGGGCGGUGACUACCAGCACCUCAUCACGGAGAAAGACAACUACAUUAAGGAGGCCGUGCUCAAGUUCAAUCAAUACGACUUAUACACGAAGAGCGCGGGCAUCCCCGACAUAGAGGCGCUGUGGCCGUACUACGAGAGCCUCAUCGACAAGUACAUCCCCGGAGAGCUCGAGUGGUAGACACCUGCCCACCCCGCGGACAACACGCGACAUCACCGCCGCUUGUCACCGCCACCUGGCUUUGUCUAUUUGAUAUUAUAUAUUUGUAAAUAUUAUAUUAUAAAUAACACCGCAUCGGUUAUGGAGGAUAUUGUAAGCCAUUAUAUAUAUAUUCAUUUAAAUUAAGUUUAAGUUUUUGUACAUUAGGAUUCGUAUUCGUUGCAUUUAUCCUAAUUUAGAAUUAAUGAUAAACAUAGACUAAUAAAUAUACAUUGAAGUAA